CGAUCCGCAGAAGAAAAAUCACAAUUUACGUGCCCACGGUUGUACAAGCGACUAAUAUUAAAGAAGUGCAUGUAACGUUUAAAACGAAUUUAAUACAAGCAAUGUAACUUAUAAACGCGCUUUGAAACGAAGCAGUCUGCUGCACGACGUAAAAUGAGUGCGCAUGCGUCAACAUCUGUAGCUGCCAAUGAAGCGAGAGGCAGAAGAAGUGCUGAAGAUGUGGAAUACUCCAAAACACACUUCAGAGUUUGUCGCUUUAUCACGGAGACGGGGGUGAAGCUGGGCAUGAGAUCUGUGCCCAUGGCUACUGCAUGUGUGCUGUAUCACAGGUUCUUCCAGUCUGCCAGUUUGCAGAUCUACGAGCCUUAUCUAGUAGCCAUGUCUGCCAUCUACCUCGCAGGCAAAGUGGAAGAGCAGCAUCUCAGGACCAGAGAUAUCAUCAAUGUCUGUCACAGGUAUUUUCACCCUGAUAGUGAACCACUGGAACUGAAUGGGAAGUUCUGGGAGUUAAGGGACAGUAUUGUGCAAUGUGAGCUCCUCAUCCUUCGACAGCUGAACUUUCAAGUGACCUUUGAGCAUCCACACAAGUAUCUGCUGCACUACCUGCUCUCCGUAAGAAGUCUCCUGAACCGCCAUGCCUGGUCUCGAACCCCCAUUGCAGAGACAGCUCUGGCUGUAUUAAAAGACAGUUACCAUGGCUCUGUGUGUGUCCGCCAUCGGCCUCAACACCUCGCCCUCACCGCCCUCUAUCUUGCUCUCCAGACAUAUGGAGUGCAGCUCCCCAGAGGAGAACUAGAAUGGUGGCAGGUUGUUUGUGCAGACAUCACCAAGGCUCAAAUUGAGACCAUCAUGAGUGAAUUACUGCAGCUUUACGACAUGGAGGGCCAAGUGUACCUGAGAGAAAAAUAA